AAAAGUGCGUGUGCGGCAAUUCGAACUUUAGAGGAAAACAUUUAGGCCCUUGUGUCUUCAACGUUUAAGUCGCGCGAUUAUCGCUCCAAAGACUGGAUUUCAUCCAGAAAUAUAAACAACUGCGCAUCGGAAUGCAUAGAGAUUCUGGCUGAAGGUUUCCUGAGAUGUCAAAAUCUUACUGGCUUUGGAAGGGAAUACUUUGUUGGAUAUUCUUAUUAAACCUGUUUUUAAAUGGUGUUGAUGGUCGUCGUUACGAUAAAUGCUUCACUCCUGACGGUCGUGAAGGUGUCUGUGUUGUAAAGCGGUACUGUCGUAAGGCCAACGACGAACAGUUAGCACCUUGUGAUGAUGAUGACUACUGUUGUCCAAUACCAACCACAUCCAGAUCAGCUCGGCCUCCUGCUCCUGUUGAACCGGAGCCACAACCAACAGAAAUACCUGUUCGCAGGCCAUCUAGCAUCAACAGACCCAGUCAUAUCUCUACCUCAAAUGACAGGCCCCCUCCACGUCGUACAGACGAUGACGAUCGACCUAGAAAACCUUUGACAACAUAUGACCGAGAACCUCAACCACCAAAGGUUUACGAUGAUCGAAUACCAAGUUACGAUGAUUUAUCAGAUAACAGACGUUUUGAAAAUCGUCAGACUGACACAACUGCAAGCGAUAAUAGGAGGUAUGAUGACUCAGUGAGGCAUUCUUAUGAUGAUCGUCCAAAGAUCCAAUCUGACAGAGACAGGACAUUUUCAGAUCCAUAUGACAGAAACAGAGGAAGACCAGGGGGCUUUCCAAGGGAAGCAUCAUCAUCGUCUAGUCGUAAAGGGGAGGAAGAAGAAAAUGUCCGAAAGGAUGAAAACAGAGAUUCUGAACCCAAGAGGCGUCCUCUUCCUACUUCUGCAGGGCAUUAUCCAGCAAAAGAACAUCUAGAACCUGAUCGAGGCUACGAUCCACCAAGAAGAUCGAAACCCACGAGAAGUCAUCAGAAGAAUCGAACUCAGGACAGCUCCAAAGCACCCAUCAAAUUUCCAGACACCUAUGAGUUAUCUGUGCCACAGCCUAAAGUACCAGCUUGCGGUGUAAAACCAUACGAGUUGUUCAUAGCCGGUGGGCAAGAAUCUGAUGAGCACGAAUGGCCUUGGAUGACCGCUAUAUUUCGGCGGCAUCAAGGCUCGAGGCCCAAAACUUUCCUCUGCGGAGGAUCUCUAAUUAAUACAAAAUAUGUGCUGACUGCUGCUCACUGUUUCGUGAACAAUUACGUUAUACUGCCUGCGUCUUCCUUCGUGGUGCGUUUGGGCUCCCAUUACCUGAACAGUGGUGAAGAGUACACUGUCGCCAGUUUGGUCAUCCAUAACAAUCACAGCGGUUCCGAUUUUUUCAAUGACAUAGCUUUGGUAAGACUGGCCAGCGAAGUAUAUGUAACUGACAAGAUUGCUCCCAUAUGUUUGCCAUUUCCGGAAAUGAUCAGGGAAAAUUUUGUUGGAAGGAUGGCAACGGUCGCCGGAUGGGGUGACACAGCUUUCAGAACCAGUGGUACACGGAUUCUGCAACAUGUGACCGUUCCCAUCGUAUCCAGUGAAGAAUGCUUUGCUGCUUAUUCUCGAGUACGGGGGGCGGCAUUUUUGGCCCGGGGUAGUGAUCACGUCAUUUGUGCUGGCCUCAGAGAAGGUGGAAAAGACGCAUGUUUGGGAGAUUCUGGUGGUCCUUUAAUGCUGAAGAGUGCUGAUGACAGAUGGAUUGUUAUCGGUAUCGUUUCACUGGGCUACAAAUGUGCGGAACCCGGCUAUCCUGGCGUUUACACUAGAAUUACUCAUUACAUGACCUGGAUUCAGACCAACAUGAAGCGCUAUUAAUAAACUUGUGUACAUAUGCAUUUA